UCAAUUUGGGUACUAUCUCUUAAAUACUUGUUGCUUGUAGAGUAAUAAUAGUGCAAUUUGAACACCAACCAAAUGAGAAGCCUUAUUUCUUAUUUGUUGAUGUUCUUUAAUACUACUUCUUUUACCUGUGUCAUAGAGCUGUUGUAAGGCUCAAAUGAGAUGAUGUUUGUAAAGUGCUUUCAAAGACUAUAUAAAUGUCAAAUCAUCAUUACUAUUACUUUAAUUCAGGGGUUCUUAACAUUUUUGUGUUGGACUGGAUCUAGUAGACAUCUUUUGUCAAUUAAUAAAUAUUUAGUACCAGCUAUGUGCUAGGUACUAUGAUAAGUGUGAUAGAUACAAAAAAAGGCAAAAAUAGUCAUUUCCCUCAAGGAGCUUACAAUCUAAUGGAGAAGACAACAUGUUGCAAAUAAACAUAUAAGCUGGUUGGUUGUCAUCCUUAGUCCUGGAAGAGGGCCAAAAUGACAUCACUGGUGAUGUUUUUUGUCUCAGGAAUAAAUUGGAUUUAAGUAAGAUGGAGUUACACAAAGUGGUUGGCCUCAUUCUCUCUUUCAGAGUCAUCAAGAUCCAGUGGCAAGGCAAAAGUCAAGACAUUGGUAAUGCAGUGGGUGAUGUGGCUUCUUAGAUGUCUAAAUGAGCUCUAAGUGCUUCAGGUACCCAAGAAGCCCAGGUAUCCAUGUGCAGCAGUCAUACCCCAGCAAAUCUCAGCAGACAGGCUAAACCAGGUUGAAGAGUUGUUGAUGUCUUCUGGUGAAAUUAUUUGGUGACCUGUUUUCUCUGCUGAGCUGGAUCGACAUCUCCUUAUUCCAACUCCAAACCUACUACUCUGCACUGUUGCCUGGUUUUUUUUUUUGAGAAAUUCAUCACUGAUUGACUACAAACCAUAAUAUAGCAAUGGAUACUUAUACUAUUAAGAGCAGUAAGAUGAAGACAGUGAAGGCUACGGUGACUGUCAAAAAGAGCUUCAUUGAAGGUGUACUCCGGUCUAUAAAGUCUUUGUUACAGAGCCAAAAGGAACUAUGUAGUGUGUCAACAGAAGAAAGCUUAAAACCAGAAGAACAAAUCAGUAUAAUUGAGGUUACCUUCCUAGGUUUCAAUGAAGAAACAGAUGCUAAUCAUAUGCAGGAUUUAGCAACAGUGUCUCUGGAACUUCCUGAUAUUCUGAAUUCUAUCCAUUUCUCCAAUCUAAAUGAAAAUGAAAUUAUUUUUCUUAAGGAUAUAAAUAAGUCUUCAGAAACAAAUACUGACUCUCAGAAACAGAAUCAUUUUUCUAGAGUUCUUUGUGUAAUGAAAGUAUCUCCAGCAGCAUUCCCAAGACUCAGAGUUGACUUCAUAUUUAAUCUACUAAGCAAAUAUGCCACAGGCAUCAUAUAUACCCUGGAAACAUACUUACGUCAGAAACGUCAACUGGAGAAAUCUCAUGGAGAUGAUGAUGAUGACACCAAUCAGUCAGUGUCUUCUAUUGAGGAUGAUUUUGUCACUGCAUUUGAACAGUUAGAUGAAGAAGAACCUUCCAAGAUGCAUGGAAUGAGCUUUGCUACAUUGCGGAGCCAAUGUGAUGCUGCUUCACAGACCAUCCCUGCUCACUGCUUGGAAGCCAGUGAUUCAGAGGUCCUGGUUAGCUCCAUGAGACAGAAAUCAUUGGCUAAGUCUUCAGCUUCACUAAUAAAUAUCUUGGGAUUUAAGGAGCGACCUUCUAAUGUGAAAAAUUCAGUGACAACAUCUAUUUCUGAACCUUGGACUCAAAGGAGCUUCUAUAAGUCAUGUAAUCCUUCAGAUACAAGUGUUAAUUUACACAAAACACUAUUUUUAUCUUCUCCUGCUGAUUCCUCUGAAUCAGAAUGUUCAAGCCCAAGCCCUGUUAUUUUCUUAGAUGAAGAGGGAUAUCAGAAAAGCUUAAAAGCAAAACUUGAAUUGCCCAAGAUUCCUGUAGGGAAAGAUGGUAUAGAAGACUCAGAUUCUGAAAUAGGUGAAUUUUUUGACAGUUUUGAUCAGUUUGAUGAGCUAGAACAAGCUUUGGAUGCACCUUGUUUACUUAAAUGGGAACCUAUUGCAGGAAACCCAUCCAAAAAGAGAGUUCACAAACACGGGAAGUCUUGUUCCAUUACCACUACCAUGAAUCCUCAGAAAUUUAAGUUUGAUCGGCCCACUCUCCCAGCUAAUGUAAGAAAACCAACUCCUCGUAAACCAGAAUCCCCCUACAGUAAUUUAUAUGAAGUCCCAGACUCUCCUCGCCCAGUGAAGACAUCUGGGGAAGAUAGUGGUUUGUUUAGUCCCAUUAGAUCUUCAGCUUUCAGUCCCCUAGGGAACUGUACUACUACUGAAUGCUGCUGCCACUUUGAUGUCAUUGGAGAGAAAUUUAAUGAAAAUCACAAUAUUGCUUAUCAUGCUUACUCUGAUUAUGCAAACAAUGUUUCAUGUGCAAUACUUGGCUCUGUUUUUCAUUCUCAGUUAGUUCCCAAACACACUGAUAGUAUUAUAUCCACAGAGGGGAAAAUUCCAACUCUAGACCUUAAACAUAGGGUACCUGAUUGGAAAGUAAGAUCAAAAUACAAAUCUUUAAUGAUUAAGGAGAAUAUUCAAAAAUUUGCUACAGACCUUGUAGAAAAAAGUUUUGGCCAUGCUUUUAAAGACUUACAGAAGGGAGUCUCUUCAUGUACCAGUGCACUCUGCAGCUUAGCAGUAAAAUUGACAUCCUCAGUCUUUGAUAUGGCAUUUAAUGAAAUUGGAAGGCGGAGAGCAUCUUUGCUGAAGGAGCGCGCCAUCAGUGGUUUGGCCAACUUCUUGGUUGGGGAUGCUCUAACUAGUGCUUUACAAGAUUUACACUAUGUCAAGAAGCAGAUAUUUACCAACACCGCAGCCAGAUUUGCUGCAGACCUUGCUGAAGAACUUAUUUUUGAAGGCCUUAUGGAAGUAUGCCAGUUUUCUCUUCCACCAUCUCCCACAGGAACACAUGAGGGCCCUUUUGAUUAUGAAGACAAAGUAGUUAGGUCAUAUGCUAAAGACUUGUCUGAAUCUGUCAUACAGGAAGCAUUCAUUGAACUAUCACAAGUUGAUGUGACUUUUACCACAAAAGCAGCAAUUAGUGUCUCUAUGGAUAAUAUCAAGUAUGUCAGUGCAGAAAAUGUGUUGCAGUCAACACAAACCUCAACAUCUUUCCCUACUUGUCACGAUCAAGUGCUGACAGCACUGAAUCCAGUACAGAGUAACAGAAAAGAAUACACAGUACAGCAGGCUUUGUUUUGUACUUCUGGUGUUGUGACGUCUAUCCCAGUGCCGUUGGCAGGAAGUGCCCUUGGCAGAUACAUUUCAUCUAAUUCAUGUCAGGAAAUUUCUCAUCUGCCAUCAGAUAAUAGUCUUAAAAUGUAUAAUGAUGCUACCCAAAAACACUUUGUUGUAAAAAAUAAGGAAGAGGAAGUGGCUUGUCUUAGAAAUAUUCAUCUGCCUUCAAACAUCAAUCUAUGUGAUGAAAAUAAAUAUGAAUUUUCACAUAAUAAGAAUAAUCAUAAAUUAAUGAAUAAUACUGGAAUCAAUAGCUGUUCAGAAUUAGCAUAUGGUCCAUCAGCCAUCAGUAGUUUCUCUGGCACAAUGGUAGAUAUGAUAGUAACUGAAACUUAUGAAGCAAUCACCUCCAAAGUUACCAAAGCAGUUGGAGAACCUUCAGAUUAUUUAAUGAAAGAUAAAGCAGAAGGAAAUGUCCCUUUACUACAUGGUGGAGUAUCUCUACAGCAUGGUGAAAGAACCUAUAAGAACUAUUUUGCUGAUCAUUUAUCUAAAUAUAUUAUACAACAUUCUAUAGAUGAAAGCAAAUUGAUUACUUCAAAUAAUAAGAAUAUGGCACACAUUACAGGUAUCCCAACAUGUGCAGGCAGCAUUAGAAAAGAUGUUUCUAAUUUGAUUAAGAAACAUGAAACAGAGAAACAACAAUAUUUGCCUGCCCUCAAGGAAGAGUCACAGCUGACCCUGAAUAAACCAACCAACUUUCAAGAUUAUCUAGAUCAACCUGCUCAGUAUAUGUCUUCCUUAAUAAAAGAUUAUAUUCCAGAAUAUAAGGGCUCUAUGGCUCCCAAGUUUUCUUCAGGCACAUUACCACCAUGUCCAGAUAUAACAUUCCAAGGACAGAAUAUAGAAGAUCUCACUGAGGCAAUGGACUCUUCAGUAAAACCUUUUGAUAAAUCUUUGAAAAAACAUGACCUGAAUAAAACUGUCCUUGGUCCUCUGCCUUAUGGGCAAGAAAACUGGUUUUCUCCUGCUCAUACAUUCUCACCUGCAGUGCUUCCUGGUGAAGACAUUUCACAGGCAGAAGAUAAGCAGAAAAUCAGAGAUGGGAAUAUAAUACCUGAUACUCCUCCACCAACUCCUUUAGUACCCCCCCAGACUAGUUCAGAGCAGAACCUAAGGAAAUUAACCAAAAAGCUCAAAGGAGAAUUAGCAAAAGAAUUUGCACCUGCUACACCACCUUCCACACCUCGAAAUCCAUCUGUUAGUGGCCUAUCUGAAAAUGAACAAAAUACUAUAGAAAAAGAGGAGUUUAUGUUGAAACUCAUGAGAUCUCUUUCAGAAGAAGUUGAAAGCAGCGAAGAUGAAGAGUAUCCAGAAAUGCAUAUGAAAUCAGAAUGUUCAGAGAAAACAGCUCAGUAUGCAAAUAAUUUAGCCACACAUAUAAUUUCUAUGGCAACUGACAUGGCUGCUUCCUAUUUGCAUAGCAAAAGUUUCCAAGGACCUAGUACAAAAUCUCAGUUAAAUGUGAAGAGUCAAACAGCUGGUUAUGCUACAGUUGUAAAUAAAGAUGAGACUUUACAGUUCUUACAGGAUUAUGCAGGUGGUGUGGCUGGGGAUGUCAUCAGAGAGGCUAAGAAAAUGGUAAAAUCAAAAUACUAUAAAUUAUUGAGGCUAAAGAAGAAUAAUUGUCAUAGGGAUAGUCUUUGUCUCAAAAGAGAUGAGAGAGACUAUAGCUCAAAAGAGAAGUGGAAUAUAUCAACCGAACAGUGGCCAAGAGAGGUUGACCCAUUUAGUCAUUCAUUACCUCAGAAUUGCUGCAUGUCAGGUCUGACAUCUAAGUAUCCUAGCUGUGAAAGUGUGACAGAUGAGUAUGCAGGUCACAUUAUCCAAGUUCUGAAAAGGGAGGGUGCUAAUAGGGAGCUAAUAAUGGAUCAGUAUGCUAGUCGACUUGCUUAUAGAUCCAUUAAAUCAGGUCUACAACAAGCAGCUAGGAAAAUUCAACUCAAAUAUAAUAGAAAAACAUUCCCUGUACUAAGCUCACAGAUGAACGAUAAAAAUGAAUUGUUAAAAAUUUUGAAUCAAGAAAAGCACCAAAUAGAUAAAAUAGGACAAAGCAAAAUGUUUGAAAACCAAGCCGAUGAAAGGUCUAAACUUACACAGAGAAUUGAAUGUCCAGAGUUGAUAAGAUUUUCAGAUUCUCUUGCUUAUAACAUAACACAAGAUGUUAAAAGAAAGCUAAAAAUGUCCACAGUUGGUUUGCCAAAAUCUUUCACAGAUUCUUGCCUUUAUGAAAAAUCUGCCUGUGAGGAAGAUAUGGGGGCUUAUGUUAAAUCGGCAUUUUCUAAAUCUCUUCAACUUUCUUCUCCAAAACAAAAACUUUACCAUAGCACAAGCAGCUUAAAUGAAUACACGGACAGCAUUCUUCAAGCUAUAGAACAAUAUGCCAAGAAAAUAGUAGAUGACACUUUAGAAAUAAGUUUGGAAUCUGCAGUUUUCCAAGUUUCUAAGAACAGAAAAUCGGCAGCUCAAUUUACUUAUGCUGAAAAGUUGUCACCACUCUCUGGUACAGCUUGCAGAUAUUGUAACCUAAAAGAAUACCAGGAUUGUAUGGCAAAAUCAUCACAGUACUUUCUUGGACAAGAGUCCUUUGCUAGAAAUAAGCCAGUAUCUAAUUCAAAACUUAUAACUGGCUGUCAGAAGUCUGGAGUUUUACACCUUGAUGUUCCCAGAAUCCAUAUUGAUCUUGAACAGAAAGUGGUAUUGGCUGAAAAGAUAGUUGCUGCAGCUAUUGAAAAAGCAGAAAAAGAACUAAGUACUACCAGUCUCGCAGCCGAUAGUGGAAUUGGAAAAGAUGGUGUUAGCUUUGCUGACAGCCUUACCACAGAAAUAAUGACUUCAGCUAUGACGAACAUUGGUCAGACUGUUAACAUCAGUUCGAUAGGAAAAGAAGGAUUUCAGUCAGUUGAGUCUGUUGGUAGCCAGCAGCUGAGUGUUGGUGAUGACAGUAGUUGGUCCAAUUUAAGUUUUGAAGAUGACCAUCAAGAUGAAAGCAGUAGUUUUCUUCAUCUCAGUGACAGUAAUGGUAACAGCAGUAGCUGGAGCAGUCUUGGUUUAGAAGGAGAUAUGUAUGAGGAGAAUUUAUCCUUUCCAACAUCAGACAGUGAUGGAAUAGAUGAUAAAGAUGAAGAACAUAAGCAUGUUAUUGAAGGUUUGGAGAAAGUUGGGAAAAAACUACUUAUAGUGAAUAUUGAUAUGACUCCAUGCAGUGUGGAUCCUCAAUUGAGGCUUGCCCUUCAGUGGCUGGCUGCCUCUGAGGCAGAGGUGGAACAGCUUUAUUUCCGUGACUCUGCAAGGAAAGAUUUCAUGCUGCUUUCAAAAAGAAUACGAGAAAAAGAAUGGAAAGUGGGAGACCUUUUGCAGGCAGUUCUUAAAUAUUAUGAAAUGAUGGAAAAGGCUUCAGAUGAGGAGAGAUGCAAACCUCUGUUUUGUUGGAUCUUGGAAAAUGCAUAAAACAAAUUCAGCCACUGUCCAAUUUUAUUCCUCCUUUUAAGUGAAAAAAAUGUACGCAGGAUAAAAAUGAAACUAGUAAACAUUAACAUUGUUAGCAUAGGUGAAGGUAAAAAAAAACAUUUUUGAGUUAUUUGUGAUAUAUACACAAUAUGAUAAUCUAGUUCAUAUCUUUGUAAUCUGUAUUGGGAUAUUAUCUUCAUUUAUUCUUCUAUUCACGUAUGUUUGUUAUGUUCAGAUUUAGAAAUUAGUAUAUGAAGGAAAGUCUGAUGAUGAAGCUCUCAGGUGACUUUGUCUAGCAGGAUUUUCAUCAUGUCCAAAUAGUGCUGCUAAAAACUGCAUUUGUGAUUUAUUGAAUACUCUUUUAUUACCAAGAUGGCUGUUAAUAGAAUUUAGCCAGCUAAGAUUUAUAACACUUUUACUUGCUACAAUUUUGCAACAUAUAUGCCCCUUUGGGAAAAAAUAGUAUUAACAACUAAUUUGACAUAAGUUGUCAAUAAAAUUGAAGCUAGGUUUUUCUUCUGGAAAAAUUUGUCAUUUGGCCAAUCUUUUUAAAUCAUAGUUUUAUUUUUCAUAGUUAAGGUAUUAUCAAACUUCCUACUGUAACUGCUUGAAACAGAACAACAUAAUUUAUUAAAUAGCAGAUACAUUAAAAAUUUAAAACAACAGAGGUAAUAGAUUUCAUAAUCUUUAAUCAAGUAAAACAAGUAAUUUGCCAAUGUUUCCAAUUUAUGUUGGAGUGAAAGUAUGUAUGUGAGAGAGAAAGAGUGUAAGUAGAACAUCCCCUUGGUGUUGCAAAUGAUUUUUGCCCCAUUUCCAUGAUUUCAUUUUAUUUUACUUGUCUCUUAGGAAGAAGUCACUGUUGAACAUUAUAAAGGUGCUUUAAAAUCUGACAUCACAUCAAGAAGAAUUUUGAUUUAUCUUUGUUUCUAUUUACAUAUUAAAUUUCUGAGUUUACCCUAUAAUGUAAUACUGAAAAUAUAGGUUCCCUAAACUCAAAGACAGUGCUAUAGUAGACAUUGUUUAGAAAGGAAUAGUUAUAGAGUUGAUUGACAGAUUUUUAACAACACUAUAUUCUGGUAUCACAUUUUUUCAGAAAAGAUAAGACCUCCUGAAAUUCUAGAAAAUAUGGUGUUAGGCUUUUAAAAAAAAUUUGAAACUUUAUAUCCUUUUUUCCCCCCAAUAACAUAGUAUUUCAGUACCAACCUUUUGGAUGAAAUAUUUCCUACUACUUGUCAUUGUAAGCCGAAAAUUAAUUCAUGCUGAUGACUUGGAGAUCUACAUCAUAUUACAUCUAGGUUUUAAAUUCUGCUUUGAGUUUUCCCAUUAGAUGGAAGACCUUCAGUACAUUCCUCAUUGUGGUUACUUCUGUUUUUAUUGUCUUUUUUUUCCUGAGCAUCAAAUAUGCACAGAAUAUAAAAGGCAUGGUCUUUUCCCAGAACACUUAUAUUCAUUAAUAAAAUAUGUGCAAAGAGAAAGUAUUAUUAUUACAGUGAAGUUCUCUUAAUUUUUUUAAGCAAAGUGCUAAAAAGUAUCUGAAUACCUUUUGAGGUAUUGUGGCAAACUUUGAAAAUGUUUUAUAAAGAAAAACUGCCAGAAAUACACCAAACCUUUAUUAUUUUUAUUAUUUUAUCUUGAAGGGUUUUUUCUUCUUAUUGGACUCAAAAAUGCAGGAAAUGUUAGGUGGAAUUUUUAUUACUUUUAUAGACAAUGAGAUAAAGCACCAGUGGGCUUUUAUUAGGAUUAUUUUCUCUUAACCAUGAAAUACAUAAAUUGUGUGUCAUAUUUUAGAUUUUAUUUUUCAUACCUUUAUAUUUUUAAAAAAUCUAUCAUUGCAGUUAACAUGCAUAGUCAAUCAGCAGCCAGCCAAAAUUCUGAAUUUGUUUCAUUCUGAAGUGGAAAUAGAAAUUUGCUUUGCAAAUCUUUUUUUUUUCCCUAACAUGGAGAGUUUUAUAUUACUCUCAGUAAUUCUUGUUUUCUAGUUAGAUUCUGCUUAAUGUCCUUGCCUCCCUUACAGUUCAGUGGAUCAUUACUGAGUUCAGAAAUCCAUUACCAGAAUUACAGAGCUACUAAUAAAUAUGAUUAUCAAUAGUAAAAAGUAGAAUGGACAUUUCAUAUUUAUCAGGACAAUUACAUAGACCUCAUUUUAAAUAGAUGUCAAUAGAGGCAUUACUUAAGUUUCUUCAUGGAAAGAAAAUAAAAGGGUUCAAACAAUAUAUUUAAUCAACCCUGCAAUUCAGGAUCAUUUUUCUUAAAGAUUCCUCUGUAUGUAUGUGUUUGUGUGUGUAUGUGAUUUUCUCCACUCAUAUUCCAGUUAAUUUUGACUUGUUAUGCUUACUCUGUUGAGGACAGCUCUCAUAGAUGUUUUUAAAUGAUGAAAAUUGCUCGAUGUUCUAAUUUCAUAAAAUGUCUAACUUGUGAGAAUUUUGAUCCUGAUAAAAUGUGAGGACAUGUUCUGACCUACUUAAAGUUGUGACUUGGAUUGAGUUGAUUUUUUUGUAAAUCAGUUCCAUCUUGAGCCAUUGCAAGAAGUGUAGAAAUAAAAAUCUAAAAAGACUGAAGAUAAAAUGAGUUAUGCUUUAGUACAUCAUUAUUUUCAGGUUGAUUAAAGUAUUGCUAAGAUUUGGUUUUUUUAGAUGGACAUUUUCAUAAAACAAAAUUUGUCAUAUUUUUGGUAUAUUUAAAAUCAGUAACUGAUUUAUUUGAAAAUUCUUUAUUUUAUAUAAAAAGAAUGAUUCCUUUAAAACUGUGGAGGGAAUCCCAAAAUUGGAUAAGAAUUAAAGCAGUGGGGGAAAAAUUCAAAAUCCCUUUGUUAACAAAAGUCUUAUGGAUACAUGUGGUAUAGUGUCUUUUAAAACUGCUUGCAAAAUUUAAAUAAAUUAUCUAUAAAGCUUUAGUUUAGCCUAAAUAAUGGGUUUUAUUUUGCUGCUGUAAAAGGUUUAAUUUGCUUACUAAAUGUGCCAUUUAGUAAUGUAAAAAUGAGUAGUUUACUCACAUGGCCUUGAAGGAAUUAGAACUAAACUUUGCAUUUAGAAGAAAGUACUAUCUCAUCAAUGUCUAUAUUUGGUGCUGGUUCAGCAAAAAUUAUUCUUCAAGAUCUGAUAUUGUCAGUAAUUCAACCUAUUAAUAUAUCAUACUUCAAAAUUUAUACUUUUCUAAGGUAAGACUUUCCAUUUCUUUUUGUGGAGGGGAGGAGAGGGUAGAAUGGAAAUAAGGAGCUGUUUGUUCAUCCUCUGGGUAUGGAAGAACACCCAAAAUUACAAAUCCUGUCACCAGCACAAGAAGCAUAUACAAAUUAGAGGAUAUUGAUGAUUAUUAGUACUAACAACAACAACAAAAAACUUCUUGGUUUCUUUCUUGGCUGCUUUUUUCUUUUGGGUGGAAAAGAACAUUAUAUAAAUGUCAGCAAGAAGCUUUUUCAAGCAUUUACUGCAUUCUUGUUUUAAAGAGACAGAUGCAGUAUUAGCUACUCUCAUUCUGUUUCUAACAUCUGUGUACAUUCCUUUUGUACAGGUGAAGUUAAAGUUCUACAAGUUCACUGUUAUGUUUGAAUAGUAUUUAAUAUUGGAUUUGCUAUUUUUGUUAAUUGUGCAGUGUUACAGUAAUUCUCAAUCUUAGUUUAAUGUAUACUGAAAACAAUAAUUCUUUAUGUAACUCAGUCUUGUAUUUUGUAACAGUGGCAUUUUUUGCUAUUCAGUAAUUUCAUGGUAUAUUCAGUUUCCAAAUGAUGAACUCCAGUUGCACUUAAUUGUGUUUGUUUUUGCAGUGGCUUAAAAUAAACAUUUCAAAAAAUA